AUGGAUUGUUAUGGGAAAUACAUAGCAGUUGUUCUGGUCUUUGUCUCAGUCUGUAUGCAUGUCCUUCAUGCAUUCCCUGAAGAUAAUAUUCUGGCUUCAGGUUGUCCCGAGUGCAGACUGAAGGAAAAUACAGUUUUUUCAAAGAUGGGAAAAGGGCCAAUUUUUCAGUGCAGUGGGUGCUGCUUUUCUAGGGCAUACCCUACACCAAUGAGAUCAAAGAAAACAAUGCUGGUGCCUAAGAACAUUACAUCUGAAGCUAAAUGCUGUGUGGCAAAAACACAAUACAGGGUAACUUUAAAGGAUACUGUGAAGAUUGAAAAUCAUACAGCAUGUCAUUGCAGUACAUGCCUCUACCACAAAUCCUAAAUGUCAAACAUUAUCUUAUGUGUCAAUCGAAUUUUAUUCAGCUAUCCUGUUUUU